AUAAUCCCACAUGCCACGUGUCCCCUAAAAUAGAAGCAUCCACUUGUUCAGGAGCUGUUGUACAUAAGCAUAUUCACUCAUCAUAUGCAGGCAAGCUCCUCUCAGUCGACUCGAAUCCCAUGGAGAUUCACCGGCGUUGGAAUGGCUCCAGUGACGAGUUCUCGUUUCCAAGCACCCCAUCUGAAUCCCGGGAUCCGGACUUGGAGUUUGAGUUCGGUUGUGCGACCCCGGAUUCGCCCUCCGGAGAAUCCAGCAAGAACUCACCAGCUGAUCAUCUCUUCUUCAAUGGCAGGCUCUUGCCGCAUUCUUUCCCAUGCAAAACCAAGACCAAUGCCGUCGCCCCGCGUGCGGCGAGCCGAGCGAGCAGCGUGAGCAGCAAGGGCUCGAUGUCGUUGAUGUCAUCCAGGAGCAACAGCACGAACAGCAGCCGGAGCAGCAGCAGCUGCAGCAGCGCGAGGAGGAGCUCUUCCGACAAUACCGAAAGGGCCAGGUCGCCGCCGUUGAUGUACCAAACCAGAGUCUCAUCCAAAACCCUAAGCAAGAACGCGAGAGAUCAGAGACGAAGGACGUGUGAAGCCGUGGCUGCUCAAGUGUACGGGACGUCUCAGAGGUGGCAGUUCAUCACGCCGGUGCCGCCUUUGAGUCGCGAGGGGUCUUGCUCGUCGUCUUCUUCCUCCUCGAGGAGGAGAACGAGGAAAUUACACGAAGGUGUUGCGAGAGAAGAAGCAAAAAGGAUCAAGGAAAAGGAAAGGAUCAAGACCGGUUUCGGAAGGAGACUGAUACGUUCGUUCUUGUUGUCCUGCAUGCACUGCCAUGCAAUGGAAGUCGAAGCUUCUAGGAGAGAAGAUGUUUUCAGAGAGUUGUGACCCUGAUCAACAUCCAUAAUUUGGUCCAUGGUGUUUCUUUCUUUUCUUCUUUUAUUUGGGUGGAUUGUCUCGUCACCUCUUGGUUUGAUAUGAGUUGGCUUAAAGAAAAAACAAGAAAACAAAAGAAGAACGUCAUCAAUCGAUUUUCUCGUGCCCGUCCUCUUUACUGUGAAACUGGGCAGAAUCGAUCUUCCAUACCCAGACUGUGUAAAAGGGAGCUGAGCUGAUCUUUCCAUAACUUUCCAUAAUCCAGUUUGAUGAACUCUUUAAGGCACAUAUAGAUCGA